AGUUUAUUUUUUGUCUAUUUAAAGGAUCGUUUGUACAGUAUGCUGUUACCGAAGUCAGCUAACCUUCGCUUCACAUGAAUGAGACAAUUAAGAUCGUUAUAGUCUUUUAAGUAGUCUUAUUCGAUUGCUGAGCUUUGGAUGCGCAGUUACGGACUAGUAUUUCAACUUCAGAGGUUAGGCAGUGUUGAUAUAGUUAAGCAAUGGAUCUAGUGCUGAAUUAUGCAGACUAUUAUUUCUUCACGCCUUACAUCUACCCAUGUACAUGGCCAGAGGAUGAGCCUCUUCGACAGAUCAUUGGCCUGAUGUUGGUGACCAACCUGGGUGCCGCCCUCCUUUAUCUGGUUCUGGGGGCUCUGAGUUUCUACUUCAUCUUUGACCACAGCCUGAUGAAGCACCCCCAGUUUCUUGAGAAUCAGGUGUGCCGGGAGAUCAAGUAUGCCCUGAGCUCCUUACCCUGGAUCAGUAUUCCCACAGUCGCCCUGUUCUUUGCAGAGGUCAGAGGUUUCAGCAAGCUCUAUGACAACAUCAGCGACUCUCCAUAUGGUUGGUUUGGAGUCAUCCUCAGCAUGAUUUCUUUUUUGUUUUUCACGGAUAUGUGCAUCUACUGGAUCCAUCGGUUUCUACACCACAAACUCAUUUACAAGUGUUUCCAUAAGCCCCACCACGUAUGGAAGAUCCCUACUCCUUUCGCCAGCCAUGCCUUUCACCCUGUGGAUGGGUUUCUGCAGGGCCUGCCCUACCACAUCUACCCCUUCCUCUUCCCUUUGCACAAGGUGGUCUACCUGGGGCUGUACGUGUUUGUGAAUGUCUGGACUGUUUCCAUCCACGAUGGGGACUACCGCGUCCCAAGUCUCCUGCAGCCCAUCAUCAAUGGCUCAGCCCAUCAUACCGACCACCACCUGUUUUUUGACUACAACUACGGCCAGUACUUCACCCUGUGGGACCGCAUCGGGAGAUCCUACCGGCACCCCUCCUCGUACCAGGGCAAAGGACCUCAUGACGUCCUCAGGAAGCUGAGAGGAGAAGGCAAACUGGGCAGUAGCAACAGUGGCCAUUCAAAUGGGGACUCAAUGAGCCACAAAAACAAAUAGUACCAGUGGUUUAAUGCACUGUGCUCCAUUAGUCAAUGCGGAGCAGUGUGGCCAAUUUGUAGACCUUCCCCUCAUACAUGAUGUUGCCUUUUUGGGUAUUCAGGUGGACUGCUGUGGUAUGCUAGUGUAAAGAGGCCUAGAUACCUGCUGGUUUUCAUUACCCGACCAGGUUUAAUCACUCAAUUGAAGAUGUAAAUGAAGUAAGUUGCUUGACUGGUUUUGUUCCGUUAAGAAAAUUGGGAAUCCUAUGUGUGACUUGCACACUGCCAUAAUUGAAAAGAAUCUCCCAACAUUUUCAAGAGUUGAAAACAAUGAAAUAUUUCAGAUUAAUCUUUAGUCUAUCAAGGUUUCAAUAACCAAGAGCUGGGCUGGAACACGAACCAGCAGGUGUGUGGGCAUCAAGGACCAGUACUGGGAAGCAUUGUGAUCAAUUUCUUUCUUAUCGAAUUCUUUAAUCGGCAAACAGUGCAACUAUGCUUCCUUCUGCCUGCUUCUCCGCAGUCCACCUUGUCACUGCUGAGCUGGCCAACUAUCACCGAUCAUAGUCACUAGAGAUGUGUGUCAUUCCAUACAAAACUCCAGAUGAUUCUCACACCCAUAUACAUUUUCAAUAUAGUUUCGCUGAAUAAAAACGUAACUCAAUCUAGUUACCUAAACAUAUGUUUUACUAGAUGCAGGACAGCAGUAAGAAACAAUUUUAUCUUCUAUACUAUAGACUAAAGUGUGUCCUUUCAGAAGAAAUAUGAAUUUCAAUAGAAGAGAAUCACUAACAUUUCUAGUAGACUGGACAAAAACAUAUAGGUGUAUUAUCUGAACUGUAAAAGUAAAGGCCUUUGGAAAGGAUUAUCUGAAGUGUUAUUGGCACCAAUAAAUGUACAAAAUAUCAAGAGAAGAGUAUGGCUUCUCACUUGGGACAUUUUUAUGGGUGUCAGAAAAUGUGGGUGUCCUUAAUUGGUUGAUGCGAAAUUAUUUCUUGUAUAGAAGCAACCACAUCCAAAAACAUCCAAGUGCACAAUACUGCAGAAAAAGAUAAAGGGAUUGGUUGAACAUUUAGCUCUGGACCUUUGUAAUCAUAAGAAAAAUUGUUGGGGAAUUCAUCUGAUGAUUGCCUUUUGUGAAGAUGGGAGAUGCUUUUGUGUAACCCUGAGAAGGAAUAAUCCCGAAAAAGACAAAACAUAACUGUAAGAAUGUGCGGGUAUACCUACUCUUUGCUUCCCCGAUGUCGUUCCUAGCACAUGAUUGAAAUGCUCAACUCUGCUCUCUCCAGAUUGUUUAUGUAUCCGUUAAGACUUGUUUUUUGUGUCAUUGUCAGAUUAUAGGAUUUUUAAAGGAAAAUAAAAUGGAACAAAUGUGGUAAUAAUUAGGAACAGGUGGUCUCCGGAUCUCAUGUGGUGUAUAACGCCAGAUGGAGACUACAGUAAUGAAUAAUGGUUAUUUUUCUCAUUGCAGACCAGUGUAACACAGCACAGUUUUUAAAAGAGGUAAAAAUAAGAACAAGCUACAAGGCUCUUAAAAAAAAAAAGAACUGUUUUGAGUUUUUAACUGAACAUUUAUCAGAAGGUUUCUAUAAAAUGCUGCUAUAAAGGUGUGAAAACAAGAGUUAAAUAGAAUAAAAAUACUUGGUUGAAUCAUUAACAAUCAUACUGUAACCAUUAUUGUUGCCUCUUCUGAAAAUUGUGCUUGGCUUUACAUUAUUAUGUUGUUGUCAGUGUGACAUGACUGUUGCCAUUCUCGAAAUGUUGCCUGGAUGUCAGAAGAUUUAGUUUUGUGCCUAGAAAAAGGUUUGUCUUCAUCUAAAGAUUUUUGACAAAUUAUCAAAAACUCUAAUUCAAGAAAACUUUGAACAUAAUUGUAUAACUUUGUAAGAUAUGUAAUAAUUUAUGAAAUCACUGUAGUUUGAAAUACAUUUAUUGGAAGGGGAUGUUUGUUUUUUAAAAAAUACCCUUUUUCUAUAACAAAAGAAGAUGUCAAAGAUGGCUUGGGAAUGAUGUCUUUAGUGUGUGCCAAAAAGAUUGUACUGUAAUAUUUGUUUCUGAAGCUGAAGCUUGUUUUCAUGCAAGUACUAUAUGGACCAAAGUGGCUGUCGUUGAUAUCUCUGUGUGUUUUGGAAGUUGAAGACGCGAAAAUUUGAGGAAAUAUUUGUGGAGAAGAAAGAUUAAAGCAAACCUCUGAAGUGACUGGUCAGUCUAUAGACAGUGCCUAUAUUAGCAGUAGCACUUCCUUCCAACCUUUUGGAUUUUUUAGUCAUGUAUCACUGGCAGAAAACGUUUAACAAUUUCCUAAAAGAAAAUUAAAUUGGACAAUGGCUACACUAUGAA